UUAGACUUCCCAGAGCAUCACUGGAGACAAGACAGAGCCCUUGGGAGGACACCCCAGGUGCAGACCUCCAUGCAACCCUGACCUCAACUACUGUGGAUGCCCUGAUGAGCACAAGAAGAGAUGCAGACCCACUCAAGCUGGGCUAAGACAUCCCGAGGUCCAAUACAGGACGUGGAGCUGCUGGACAACACAAAAGGUCAAUUUUGAGUUGAAGGCGACAUGAUCAGCAGAUUGAAACACAACUACAACGCUGGACUGGAUCGCUAAGAAAAAGGUGGAGUCUUAAUACAAGCUUUUAGUUUCUCUUUAGAAAAGUUUUAUGAAAGAAGAAUCAACAAAGUACUCCAUAUCUUUUGCUGCUGUUAAGGAUAAAAGCAGCAUAUGAGAUACAUACAAACCAUGGAAAGACCAUAAUUUAGCUUAUUUUUUAUUAUUUUUAUCCAUCUCCAGAGUACUUUCCAAAUUGUCGUUUGUGGUAUGAAAUUGAGAUGCACUUUAAAGAACAUCUUGAAUAGUCCCGACAGUUUUCUUAAUUCACCAGCCAGGCGUUUAUCUUAUUUCUCCAGCUCUUUCGGAGAGGGAGCAUUAAAGACUUCAUUGACAGUGCUCUUGGGGAGCGGGUAAUAUUUCUUAGAUGAAGUCUUGAAACUUUACAGCUGUUUACUGGAGGGUGAGAAAAGUGUCACAUACUUGAUGAUGAUGUUGAGCUGUUUUUCAUAUGGGAAAAGUGUGUGUCUGGAAUAACACUGCAGUGGAGCACUGAGGACAGAAGAAAUGUUCACAGGGUGCGGAAUGGUCAGUGGCCAGAACCAGUACCUUACCAGAGACGCUGUCAGGCCUCACCCAGGACUAGAGGUGAACAGAACCAGGGACCAGGUAACCCCAGGGACCUGCUCCGUCUACCAGGAUCAAACGUACAGCAACGUUGGCCAGCCAGCAAUGGUGAACAAUGUUCCCAGCCCACUGACACAACUGCCAGUCCCUCCCCCUGCACUCAAACUAGGACAGGAAGGCUUCAAAAAAGUCUGCCGAACUGAGGAGGACAGUCCCUGUCCCUUUCCAGGGCUGGCCUCUGGGGUGCUGGAGAUGCGCGUGAAGGAGGGAAGUAAGAUCCGCAACUUAAUGGGAUUUGCCAUGGCACGGAUGCAGGGAGAGAAGGGUAUAAGUGGGGGAGUUGUGAAUGGUGGAGGACUCAGGCAGGUGGUCUUCACUGGGUCAGGCCGUGCGGUGACAAAGACCAUCACCUGUGCUGAGAUCAUGAAACGAAAAGUGGGCUCUUUGCAUCAGCUGACCAAACUGCAGUACAAAGUGGUGAAAGAGGUGUGGGAGAGUACGGAAGGGGGGACAUCAGAGAUGACGGUGCACAGGACUGUGCCCUCAAUCAGCAUCCUUCUAUCCAAAGACCCACUAGAUCCCCAGGAACCAGGCUAUCAGCCUCCAGAGACCCUCAGUGCAUUGUGGGAGGAGAGAGAGGGUGGCGAAUCUUCCUCGCAAACAGCUUGCAAGAGACCUCUUGGACCUUUGCCAUACAGCAGUUUCCCUCACUGUAAGAGAGUGUGUUUGGGGGAAGGAGACUCAAUCCCCCCCUCCUCACUGAAUGGCUGAACUGGUGUCAAACAGUAGAGAGGAUUGAAUCAGAGGAGUUCAUUUGGCGCUGCCCUCCACUCAAGCACAAUGCUGAGACAAUCAGAACACUCAAUCAGACAGAACAGUGCUUUCUCAGAAGAACUGAGCACCAAUUCCAGCCUCCAGAGGUCAGUUUGACUGGGAUCUAAAAGCUUGCCUCUAUACAGCAUUUAAGGGAUGUGUUUCUCGGCACGUCCAACAUGGUGUCUCACAUCAACAAAACUGUGAUGUUGUGUGCUACCAUGCUUUAAAAUGUUUAACAGAUCUGCAUCCCAUUUCGCACUGACAAAGAAAAAGCCAUGAAUAGCACAGGUUCCAGAUUCCUGCUUGCAGUUAACGAUCUACAGACUGUGGACAAAACCGUUAUUAGUAUCAUGUUACAAUCAUCUCUAUUCUUUUUUCAUCUUAAUUGUAGCCUUUAAAAAUACACAAAGUAGACCCAAGGACAUAAAACCAGCUUAAAGCCAUUGAUGGUAUGACAAAUGCAUACCAUACCAAUUUUAUUUGUCUGAUUAUUAAGUCUCAUGAAAACAACAUUAAAUAA